AGUGAGAAAGAUGAUUGAAUUUGAUGUGUCUUCACAGAGUGAAUUAUUCAGUUCUCUGUCCUUACGCAACACAACAUCAUCCAUCACAUUAACAUUCACACUUACGUGUUUGUUGUACAUUGGAUGUUGGGUGUUGGAGUGAGUGAUGUCUGAAGGCUAUUCCUGCGGCUGCUCCGAUUCCGACUCUUCUUGCGGCUGUUGGUCCACCGCCGCCAGUGCCACCGCCACCGCCACUGCCGCAACCAGAUCUGAGGCUUCAACCGAACUCAGACUCUACAGAGCCUUCAUCUUCUGUGUCCCCAUCUUCUUCACUCUCAUUCUCCUCUUUCUCUUCUACCUCUUUUACCUCCGACCGCGAACCAGGCUCCAUUGGAUCACCAACUUUGGUCUUCCCAACGACCACAACCACAAUGCCAUAUCCACGGCUGAAUUGGGCUUGAACAAGGAACUCAGAGAGAUGUUGCCCAUUAUUGUCUACAAGGAAAGCUUCUCUGUCAAAGACACCCAAUGUUCAGUAUGCCUUAUCGACUACCAGCCAGAGGAUAGGCUUCAACAGAUACCUGCAUGUCGCCACACAUUUCAUAUGAGCUGCAUUGAUCUUUGGCUUACCACCCACACCACCUGCCCUCUCUGCCGCUUCUCCUUACUAACCAUAGCUAAAUCUUCCACACAUACAUCUGAUAUGCAGUCACAGUCACAGAACAAUGAAGAAGCACAAACCGUGGAAUUAUCUGAAUCAAGAUCUACUAUGCAUACAGAAACCACUGUCCUCCGAAAUGUCUCUGGAGAAGUUGCAAUCAGCGCUCCCUGCAUUGAUGUUGAAAGGCAAAAUGAGUAAGACAAUCAAUAAGAGCUAAAGAGAAGUGUGGCAUGAGAGAGACUCUUUCGGGUAAUUUAUUUUGCUUUCUUCAUAUUCAUUGCAAUCAAUGUUUGCACCUCAACUGAUACAGACACUGACAAAGCUAUAACAAGGUCUAUUUCUUCACUGUAUGGUUUAUUUACAAGGUAGCUUCGUCAGUUGGUGAAAGUUUUCUGUAUGAAUUAUCAGUUUGUUUUAAAAUUCAGUCAUGUAGAAGAUUGCAUGAAAUCAUCUAUUACACUAGACUUUAUACUAAAUUAGAGUUUGAUGGAAAACAUGUUUCUUAGUGUUUGAUGUUGGGAAUUGUUGUAACGAGAGAAACAGUGACAAGAUCUAAGAAUAUUGUGCUCAGCCUGAAUACCAUCAUAAAUUGAAAGUACUAGAGAUUCAUAGAGACAUAUCAUCCAUAGAGCUCCCCCGACUCAUAAGGAUUGGUAUUGAAUUUUGAUCCUUUAUCAUGUUAACUAAUCAAUAACAUUACCAAUGAGGAUUUUAUUUUAUUGACA